AUGACGGAUAAUCUAACAUCACCUAAUAAAACUUCAUCGGAUCUUAUUAAAGAGGCAGGGACAGUAGUUCCAGACUCUUCUUCUUCAAUAUUAACACCGGAACAAAGAAAACGCAUAGAGGAUAAUCGCUUAAAGGCGAAGAACAAGUUACUGGAAAGACAAAAACAGCAAGAACACACAAAUCAGCAAAAUUCGCAAGGGACCUUACCACCUAUGAAGAAAUUCGCAAAUUAUGUAGAAUACGACCUUUCGAAAAUGGUUGAUACCCGUGGCGGUUUCUUAGCAGAAGAAGUCAAUGGAAAUUCAAAAAAGCGAAAGGAAAGAGCUCUCGAUCCGGAGGAGCCAGCCGAAUUAAAUGAUAUGGAAGUUUUACCACACCUAUCGAGACCAAACCCACAUCAAUCGACCUGGAAUGAUAUGAUGUUGUAUCUCAGGGAACAAGUGGAAGAAUUCGCAUUCAAUAAAUGGGGAGGAGAGGAAGGACUCGAUAAAGAAUUUGAGAGACGCGAGGAAGAAAAAAGAAAAAAAAAGGAUAAGAAAUUCAAAACAAAGCUCGCAGACCUUCGGAAACGUACAAGAACGGAAGUGUUGGGGCGGAAACGUGAAGAACAUAAACACGAAUUUGGAGUAACAGUGGAAGAUCCACAAACAGGAGUCACCACACAAACAUGUAGCUCUUGUGGACUGAAAAUUGAAGUCACCGUAUUCUAA